GGGGCGCCCCUCCCUUCGCCGAAGGUUCCCGUGAAAGCGGAGCCGCGCGGCUGCGAGGAGGGCCCACUGUCCAGUGGGGGAGAUCGAGUCUCCAAGGGCGACUCUCGCACUGGAGUACCGCCAGUCCCGCGGACCAAAGGUCCGCGGGUCUCCGCGCCGCUCCCCUCCCCCGCGGCCCCAUUGUCUGCCUCGCCCCGCCCCGGGGGACACGUGCGCCUGCAGCUUCCCGAGGAGGAGAGCGCGGGGCGGUGGCAGCGGCGUGGACACCGCCUGGAACGGCUACGCGGCCGCGGAGCCGGGGGCGGGGGCCGGGCGCGCACAGACCGAUCUCUGGAAACAUGGCUACAGAACAUGUUAAUGGAAAUGGUACUGAAGAGCCCAUGGAUACUACUUCUGCAGUUAUCCAUUCAGAAAAUUUUCAGACAUUGCUUGAUGCUGGUUUACCACAGAAAGUUGCUGAAAAACUAGAUGAAAUUUACGUUGCAGGGCUAGUUGCACAUAGUGAUUUAGAUGAAAGAGCUAUUGAAGCUUUAAAAGAAUUCAAUGAAGACGGUGCAUUGGCAGUUCUUCAACAGUUUAAAGACAGUGAUCUCUCUCAUGUUCAGAACAAAAGUGCCUUUUUAUGUGGAGUCAUGAAGACUUACAGGCAGAGAGAAAAACAAGGGACCAAAGUAGCAGAUUCUAGUAAAGGACCAGAUGAGGCAAAAAUUAAGGCACUCUUGGAAAGAACAGGCUACACACUUGAUGUGACCACUGGACAGAGGAAGUAUGGAGGACCACCUCCAGAUUCCGUUUAUUCAGGUCAGCAGCCUUCUGUUGGCACUGAGAUAUUUGUGGGAAAGAUCCCAAGAGAUCUAUUUGAGGAUGAACUUGUUCCAUUAUUUGAGAAAGCUGGACCUAUAUGGGAUCUUCGUCUAAUGAUGGAUCCACUCACUGGUCUCAAUAGAGGUUAUGCGUUUGUCACUUUUUGUACAAAAGAAGCAGCUCAGGAGGCUGUUAAACUGUAUAAUAAUCAUGAAAUUCGUUCUGGAAAACAUAUUGGUGUCUGCAUCUCAGUUGCCAACAAUAGGCUUUUUGUGGGCUCUAUUCCUAAGAGUAAAACCAAGGAACAGAUUCUUGAAGAAUUUAGCAAAGUAACAGAGGGUCUUACAGACGUCAUUUUAUACCACCAACCGGAUGACAAGAAAAAAAACAGAGGCUUUUGCUUUCUUGAAUAUGAAGAUCACAAAACAGCUGCCCAGGCAAGGCGUAGGUUAAUGAGUGGUAAAGUCAAGGUCUGGGGGAAUGUUGGAACUGUUGAAUGGGCUGAUCCUAUAGAAGAUCCUGAUCCUGAGGUUAUGGCAAAGGUAAAAGUGCUGUUUGUACGCAACCUUGCCAAUACUGUAACAGAAGAGAUUUUAGAAAAGGCAUUUAGUCAGUUUGGGAAACUGGAACGAGUGAAGAAGUUAAAAGAUUAUGCAUUCAUUCAUUUUGAUGAGCGAGAUGGUGCUGUCAAGGCUAUGGAAGAAAUGAAUGGCAAAGACUUGGAGGGAGAAAAUAUUGAAAUUGUUUUUGCCAAGCCACCAGAUCAGAAAAGGAAAGAAAGAAAAGCUCAGAGGCAAGCAGCAAAAAAUCAAAUGUAUGACGAUUACUACUAUUAUGGUCCACCUCAUAUGCCCCCUCCAACAAGAGGUCGAGGGCGUGGAGGUAGAGGUGGUUAUGGAUAUCCUCCAGAUUAUUAUGGAUAUGAAGAUUAUUAUGAUUAUUAUGGUUAUGAUUACCAUAACUAUCGUGGUGGAUAUGAAGAUCCAUACUAUGGUUAUGAAGAUUUUCAAGUUGGAGCUAGAGGAAGGGGUGGUAGAGGAGCAAGGGGUGCUGCUCCAUCCAGAGGUCGUGGGGCUGCUCCUCCCCGCGGUAGAGCCGGUUAUUCACAGAGAGGAGGUCCUGGAUCAGCAAGAGGCGUUCGAGGUGCGAGAGGAGGUGCCCAACAACAAAGAGGCCGCGGGCAGGGAAAAGGGGUCGAGGCCGGUCCUGACCUGUUACAAUGAAGACUGACUUGCUAUGUGGGAUUACACCAGAAGCUUGCAGUGGAGUAAUGGUAAGGAAAUCAAGCAACCUUAAAUAUGUCGGCUGUAUAGGAGCAUAUUCUAUUGCAGAAGACCUUCCUAUGAAGAUCAUGGAAUCAAAUACGGGACAUUGAACUAAUACUUGGACUUUGAUAUGAAUUUCUUUAACAAUUUUCUCUGCAGUGCAAGUUAUUAAACUAAAGCUACUCUAUUUUCAAAAUGUGUUCCAACAGAAAUCCUUCAUAACUCCUAGCAUGGUAUCUUAAUAAAGAAUAAAGUUCUUUUAAAAAUCUGCUCUAAGUAGAUUUUUCCCCUUUUUUAAAUUAAGGAUCCCAACAGUGGUAUUUUGAAAUAUUCUCUUGAAUUUGUGCAUUUAAAUUUUAUUGCAGUGGUAUAGAUGAAUGCCACUGAUGGUAUCCUUAAAUUUUAUUUCUGCUCACCAAGGUUAAUCAUGAUUGUCUAUAUCUUUUUUAUAGUGAUCACUUUUGAAUUGUGUUCAGAUAUGCAGUUUCAGGUGUAAUCAUCAGAGCUGGUUAGUCAGGCAUUCCAGAUAGUGGUUCUUUUCAGAACCUUUUUAAAAGGGUUGGUUAACUACCUCAGUAGCAGAGGAUUGAACUAUACCCUGUCUGUACUGUACAUAGAAAAUCUUUGUAGAUAAAAGCAAGGCUUGUUAAAUAUGAUAUGAGGGUAAGAUUUUAAUAUACCAAAUGUAACAUUCUUAGUUGCCUUUAGUUUCAGAGGCUUGUAAGACUUCCUCAUGACCAUCAUAACAGGCCUUGCUUUUGUCGUAUUUUGUGGCUGAAAAAGCAGCCUUGCUUCUUCAGAUAUUGUAGUUAUUUGGAUGUAUAAUAGUUUAGCAAGAUGUUACUUUUGUAAGACAUCAGAUGUUCAAAAAAGUGCAUCCGAACUUGUACUAAAUACUGCAGUGUCCCUUUAUAAAAAGUCAGACUAAAACUGACAAUUGUACAGCGAAGCCUGACAUUUGGAUAUUUUGAAGUUUUUUCAUAAAUCAUAGAAAUUAGUAUAUGGCUGUAGUUUAGCUUUUUAGGUAAAAGGUAUGUUUCAUUAGUGCAUUUCUUCCUGCUGAUCACUGUAAACAUGUGAAUCAGCUUUCCAUUUCUUAUGCAGGUCAUGAUAACUUGUAGAGUAGAGUACAAUCAUUUGUGCUAUGUUUUUAAUUUUCUAAAGCACCUUGAUGACAGUGAGUGUCCAGUGGUGAAGCAUCCUCUAUUGAACCACCCUCAAAAAUUUUUUUGCCAAGUCCUAAGUUGAUAGCUUAAAGUAAAAAGUGAAAAUUAUAGUUUCAUUAGGACUUGGUGUAAAGAAAUCCCCUCUCCCCUUCCCCAAAGGGAUACUGCAGUUAUAUCACAUACCCAAUAGGCACCACGAUGAAGAUCAGAGCUUAUACUUAAUUAAGGUUUUAUACACACCAGUUCCCCAGUAAAUGCAAAUUUAACAAGAAAAUCAGACAUGUCAUAUGUUCAAAAUGCUCAUGGCAAACAAUCAUUUUGCAUUCCUGCAAAUAAAAUUGUUUUAUACUGUAAGCUGGAGGCGAGUGUAACUUAUUUUUGUAAUAAAGUUUUUAUUUUUUUUAUGUGUCAUUAAUAUAAAUGUGUGUUAGUGUAGAAAUCUUCUGGUUUAAAAACUUAGAAUUGCACACAUUUCAGUAUGUUUAUUUGUACUUACAUAAUUUUAGAAUAGUGGUUGCCAAUAGCCUGUAUGUUUCACAUUAAUUGGUUUUUUGUUAUCUAAAUAAAUCAUUUUAGUAUGUUGUAUGUCAGUUACUGGGAUAGCUGGGACAUAGAGUGUAAUUUAAAAUUUGUCAAUAAGUAUUCAUUGGAAUAUAUGUAAAUGUGCCUUGCCGGUUAUUGAAACUUAUCUACAAAAUGAGUAUGGGGUGACAAAAAUUAGUUCCUGGUGCUUAAUGAAACUUUCUGCCACUGAUUUUAUAUAUUACCCCGUGCUUUUUUAAAGUACAUCUCUCUCAAAACUUAGUGUAAGUUUGAGGGCUACACAAAACAUUUACAUUUCAUUCUAACAUAAUGAAUAUAAUAGGUUGUGGAAAGUGGGUAAACUAAAUGUAGCCUUCAGUAAAAUUGAAUCUCAGUGUAAUCCUUGGUGCUGGCAUUUCCCAGUUCCGAGGAGUUAAAUGAUCCCAUCUAAGAGGUCAUUGCCAUGCCUAUUGGCACUUUACUGUCAUAGCAUUUUUAAGGGACACUGUCAAGGUGUUUAAGUUCUCAGAAUUACUUGUUGGGAUUUUAGGACAGGUUUGUUUACUUAAAGUAAGAACUGCAUUGUCAAAGUUGAAAGAGGAACACUUUUGUGAGUUCACAAAUGUGUUCUUAAGAAAACAUUAAAAUAUGGAGCUCUGGGUUUUCAAGAUUAUUUGGCAUUCUUAGUUUGGGGACUUGGGAGGGAAACUGAUAAAAAGAAAUUGUGAAGAAUUGAUGGUUAUACUUAAAAAAGGGUAAUGUAAACAGUGGUGAUGAAAUAUAUACACAUCAAGUGAAAUUACUUGACAGUGUUCAUUUGAAUGACUUUGAAUUCAAGCCAUUAUAAUUACUUUUAAAAUUAAAUAUCAUUUGCACUGUUCUGAUAAUGGGUGCAGUUUUUGAGCAAUAUAAUCAGAGCUAAAUAUGCAUGUAGUGAUUAGUGAUGUGAACAAUUAACGUUCUGAGAAGAAAUACUAACUGUGGUAUUUUCAAACUUAAAUUUCUGUAGUAAAAUCAGUAUCAAAGUCUUAUCAGAUCAAGGAAAAACAGGCAAUGCAUAUAAACAUACUUUUGAAUGUUGUGUGGCCUAUAAAGCAAUAAUGCAAUUUAUAUGGAAUGUCAUGGGAUAUGAGAAAUGGAAAUGCAAAAAUAACUAAUCCUUUAGUAAAAAUGUCAACAUGUUAAAGGGGGAAUGUUAACUAAUGUAGGUUAUUGCUAUUUGUGAUUUGUUUAUGGGUUCUUGGCUUUGACAGCUUCAAAGAAUGGACAGUGAUAAGUUAAAAGAAAUUUUGUAUAUUGUCAAGGAAAGGGUCUUAAAUCCGAGUCAAGUCCCUUCCUUGGGGUAAAAAAUGUAUUCUUAAAGCAUUCUGAUGUUAAAAAGAAAACAAGUUAUCUAACCAAAACAGACGCAAGAUUUUGUUUCUGCAGACUACUUGGCAAUCAAAAGUGAUCAUAAAUUUAGGUUAUCAGUUUUCAGAAAGUUGCUUUGUGAGAAAAUUUUGUUAGAUAUAUUCUCCCAAGCAUGCUUUUUGUGGAAGGUUUUCAGCCAUUGCCACUGAAUCAGAUGUUAAAAAUGAAGGGAAAAUUGAGUGUGCACACACACAACUGUUGUACACUCAUGAUUGCAGUUUUAGCUUAAGAAACUUUUCUACCAGUUACUGUGAAUCUGACUUAAAAUGUAAAGUUUCCUCAUGAUAAAAUAGGAACAACAUAGAAAUGGAUUGAUGGGGUGAUCUGAGUUAUUGUAUAUAAAAGUUUUUAAAGAACAGAAUGAACAUCAAGCCAGAUAGGCAAAAAUUGACACAUUCAGAACAGCUUUUUUGACUGCGAAGCCAAAAGUUGUCAGAAACAUAGCAAAAGAUCCCUUAUUAUUACAGAGUAUUUUACGUAGUCUCUAUUUUAAGGAGAGAAAUUAAAUAGAAGGGCUUCAUGCAUUUAGGGGAGGGUGCUAAAACUUCUCAAGUUCGUAAAACUUACAGGAAUACCCACCAUGAUCAUUUUCUCUCUAAUUAUGUAUACCACAAAAUUUUCAUCUGGCCAUAGGAAUUCACUGGUGGGUGUAAAAUUAAUGACUAAAGAAAUUAAGUGACAAAUACAUAAAAGAAACAGACUUGUGGGGAUAUUGUUUUAAGGUGUAUUAAUUACUCAGUGAUCAUACCACUCAAUAGGGCAUGCCACUACUUUUCUUAAGAUGCUAAUUAUGAAGCAGUGCUCACAGGCAUUUUUUAACUAGCACAUUAGUAGAUGGACUUUUGGGGUCUGUCACUUUUUAAAAGUAUUUAAGACUUAAAUUAUAUUAGCACCACAGUCUGCCUUCAGUAAUACACCUAAAAUAUUUUUCAGGACCAGAAGCAUUCAGUUUGAAAAUUUUGCAGAUGCAAACCAGUAUUAUUACUAACGCUCUGGGUCAAAGAUUAGGUUUUUAAUAUUAACAGUAGUCUGGUAAAUAUUUAGAAGUCUGGCAUUGAGAAACAAAAGCUUGUACCUGACUAGUAUUUUUAUUUAAAAAAAUUAGUUCUGUUAGCUUAUUUAAAUUGUGUUUUAUUUAUCCGUAGAAUUUAUAUUUAUUUCAUUCCUUUCAUCUCACUGAAAACUGUCUGCAGGCCCUUUGAUUUGGAUUAGAUGUGUGAAGUACUGUCUUUUGCCAAAAACCUCAAAUUACCUGUUCUUUUCAACGUAGUGGGUUUGUGCUUGUUUGGAGAUCAGUUCAAAAACUAUCUGUACUAUCUGUACUGCCUCUGAUGUUAAGAUUUUAUGUAUAGCAUAAGGAAGCUAGCUCUGACUAUAUUUUCCUAAGAAUAAAGACCUAUUUUUGUAGCAUG